ACUAUCAGUGCAAAUACUCAGGCGGAGCGGUAAAUUUCAUUGAUAAAUAUUUGUGUGUGAAACCAAAUAUUACUUUUCAACACGCAGAAGUACCUAAACAGUGACCUAGUUUCCUCAGUUUGCUCUAAUUUUUGAAUAUCAGUUUGGAAUUAUUAAUCAGAAUAAACACAGUCAUGGUUUGGGGAGCAGUUGUAGGGAUGGCUGCCGCGCAGCUUAUUGGCAUGAUUCUGUACUCUAAGGUGGUCCUCGGUAAACCAUGGAUGAAAGCCUCAUUCCCAGGGAAGACUUACGAACAAAUAGCUCAGAUGCAGAAAGAAUCCCUGCACUCAGAAAUUAUCGUCUGCCUCGUGUCACAGGUGGCGCUCAUCAUGGCAAUCAACUACGUCAUUGGACCUUAUCUUGGUGUGAAGACAUUAACACUGGCUGUGAAAGUAGGCCUCGGCAUGGCCCUCCUGGCGGCUCUUAUUGACGUGCCACACUGUGCAUUCAGCAGACGACCCGUGGCAGGAUUUAUCAUAGAUCACCUUUACAACACGCUUGUAUUUGUUGUCGCCUGCCUGUCAUUUGUCUACUUUAAAUGAAAGACUCUCGUGUUCUUGUGGAGUGCAGUCAAUGAAUUUUGUAUCCAUUGCACGGUACGGUCGAACGAAACAGACGUGACUUAGCUUUGUCGAUUGCAACAAACGGUGUUUCGUAUGACUAGUUUUAAUUGAUGUUCGUGUAAUCAGAUGCCUUUAUAUUGUAAAGAAAAGGGAUUGGUAGGUUCCUUGGCUAAACAGUUAGUUAUCGGACUUCAGGUGGAGUGUAUUCUACAUUGAGAAUGACUGGCUUGACAGUUCAAAAUUUGUGAAAAGAGCUAAGUGCAUGUUUGUUUUAUGUCGGACAAAACCAGUAAAUUUACAUUGUAACUCAACAAUAUUUAGCAAUGAAGUUAAGUACAAGGUUUCGCAAGAACAAGAUAUACUUUUUUCAUCUUUAAAACGCUUGUCCGCCGUGUGUUCCUUUAAUGUCAGCAUUUCGUAGGUUACAGUCGCUUUUUGGUGGUUUUCGUUUCAAACGCGAUAACGUUUCUCCAUGCACUGCCUGAACUGAAUAUUCCAUACCAAUGUUAUGUAUGUUGUUCGCCUUUCUGAUUUUUGUAAAGGUAUACUGUGAGUUUCAUUUUUGUAUUUGUAUACCAAAGAAGUAUGAUGUAUGUAUUCAAGUUAUUUGUGUAAUUAGUUUAGUGAGGUACAAACAUGUUCAAUUAAUGCAUGAUGCAGCUUUUAGAAGCUUGUAUUAAUAUGAGAUACGUGUUUUGCAUAAAGGCAUUCCUUUCCAAUGGAGUGUCUCCUGGGUUAGUAUGUUCAUGUAAUCCGUAUACAAGUGUAAAUAAAUCAAAAUUCUGUGUAUUUUACCUCCACUUUAUGUAUGUUGUACGUUGCCAUGUUGCUAUGAAAAAAAUGCCGGACAGGAGAACGCCGGGAUAGGGCUUAUUUUAAUGAACAUUCGUACCGCCCUGUAGCUUUUAGUUAAUGUAUGCCUAGAAGAGUUUAGUUAUGAUGCUAUUUGUACUUGUACACAUUCGCUUCGUUAUUUGUAUUUUAAUAAAAAUCAUAAUUAUG